AUGUCUUUUCCGUUUCUCCUUCGGAGGUCAUUUUCUACAAGCAUCAGACGCUCCUACAGGACUAAGAAUAUUCCUGAGGAUAUAGUCGCGAAGGCCCUCACAACACAACCAACAAGAUGCGAUCGUUCCGAGGAUAUUCAAAGCAUUGAGGACAUCAAGCCCGAAGCUGAACUCCAAAGUAUCUCGACUUCGAAAGCUGUUCGCAAACCCAAGACACGGAAAGCUAACAUACCACUCCCGAUCAACAGGUUUGAUCUGCCCCCGCGUUCGAAAUGGCGAAACUACUUUCCCACUAGCGGCAUGGCAUUCAAAAGUCGUAUUUCCAUCGCUAAUCCCGAGACGGCGGCACUAGUUGCAGAGUCAUUCGUUCCUAGCGGCUCGAGGGAUAAAGUUAUUAUAGAAGCGUAUCCCGGUCCUGGUGCAUUAACUCGCGCUUUAAUGCAGUUGCCGAAAGAACGAAUCCGAAAAAUCAUUGUGCUUGAGGACGUAGAACAGUAUCUCAACUUCCUGAAUCCGCUGCAGGAAGCGGACCCUAGAGUACAAGUUUUGCCAAUGAACGGCUUUUCGUGGGACACGUAUCAUCAGCUAGACGUCCAAGGCUUCCUGGACGACGUGGAGAAUAUUCCAUGGAAUCAGUCAAAUCCAUAUCUACAUUUUAUCUCGCACCUUCCUAUGGAUGUCCUGGGCGAGCAGCUCUUAGCACAAUUACUACGAUGUGCACCAGAACAGUCAUGGCUGUUCAAACACGGUCGCAUUCCAAUGAGUUAUCUAAUGCACGACUGGGUAUGGGAUCGUAUCUCUGCGUCUACUGAGGAUCCGGCUCGAUGCAAGCUAAGCGUCAUCGCACAAGCCGUUUCUGAGUUUAGUCAUGCCGUUGAGCCACGGCUGCUGGUGCCGUAUAAUGACCAUUUCUACCCUGAUGCUACAAACCCUGCAUAUUCCUCAAAGACUGAAAACAGGCGCAGAGGUACGCCAUUCGUAGCAGGUACAUUCAGACCGUUGGAGCAUCAGAUCAUUCGGUCAGGCAUGCUGGACAAAUGGGAUUACUGCCUACGGAAACUCUUUGUGCUGAAGUCGACUCCUCUCAAGAACGCUGUUGGUCAUCUAGCACCUGGAUCUGACGUUCUAAAGUCUUACCUCACGGGUGAUGAUGUUCCACUCCAUCAGAGGACUGACAUGAAAAAGAUCAUCAAGAAAAUGAGUGUAGAGGAUUGGGCUGCUGUCGUCGGCGCCUUCGACCGGUGGCCCUUUGCACCUGAGGAACUCUUGAUCACGGAUUCUUUCAGCAGAGACGACCGCAUAUAA